GUCUUUUCUUUAAUCCGAUCUUCAACUAUUGUACCUUUCACUUGACUCUACUCAUCAAGUUUACUAUCAUGGCGCCACACAUUGUUCGAUGGGGUAUCAUGGCCACUGGCUGGAUCGCUGAGACAUUCACAAAUGACCUUCUUAUCGACCCUAAUGUCCGCGAUGCCUCUGACGUAGCCCACCAAGUCGUGGCCGUCGCCUCGUCCUCGUCCAAGGACAAGGCUGAGCAAUUCAUCUCGGCUCGAGGAAUCACAACCCCCUGCUCCGCAUACGGUGACUACGAGACUCUCGUGGCCGACCCCAAUGUCGAUGUCAUCUACGUCGCGACCCCGCACUCCCACCACUACCAGAACGUCAGACUCGCGCUGGAGGGAGGCAAGAAUGUUCUCUGCGAGAAAGCCUUCACCGUCAACGCUGCUCAGACUAAGAUCCUCAUCGAGAUUGCCCGCAAGAAGAAUCUCUUCCUUAUGGAAGCUGUCUGGACUCGUUACUUCCCCCUCAGCAUUCAGAUCCGCGAGCUUAUCCAGAAGGGUGAGAUCGGUGAGGUCCUCCGAGUCGUGGCUGAUACAAGCUUCGGUGAUGAUGUUGAGACGAAAUGGGGUACCACUCACCGCAUGGUGAACCCCGAUUUGGCCGGUGGUGCUCUCUUGGAUUUGGGUAUCUACUCCCUGACCUGGGUAUUUCAGACUCUAUACCACACCCUGCCCCGAGACCAGAGGAAACCACCCACUGUCUCCUCGCAGAUGACUCCUUAUCACCUCACCGGUGCAGACGAGUCCACAACCAUGCUCCUGAGCUUCCCCACGAGUACUCCAUCCAAUGGCCCGCACCCGCAACAAUCGCACGGUGUAGCCAUGACCAACAUUCGUGUCUCUGCUGAUCCGGAUGAGAAGGGCUCGGCUGGUCCUCCCAUCCGUAUUCAGGGCACUAAAGGCGAGAUCCAGGUGUAUGGUCAGCCGUUCCGGCCAGAGAGCUACCGUAUCAUUCCCAAGAAGGGUGCUGGUGAGAUUCGUGAGGUUCAGUGCCCGUUCCCUGGUAAUGGUAAGGGUAUGUAUUGGGAGGCUGAUGAGGUUGCUCGUUGUCUCCGCGAUGGCAAGCUCGAGAGUGAGGGCUUGCCAUUGGAAGAGAGUAUCGUGAUAAUGGAGGUCAUGGAUGAGGUGCGAAAGCAGGGUGGUUUGACCUAUCCUCAGAAGAUUGAGUCGACUGAGUACCCUCUGCAACUUUAGGUGAGAGGUACUACCUUAGGUAGGUAUAUGGCAAGUGUAAAUAAUAUUGGUAUGAGGUGAAUACACACCACAUCUACCCAUGUGUUGCCUUGUUAAACCCCGAAUGGAAAUAGACUAAAGACUACAAGAUUUAC